UGAUAGACAUGGUUAUUUAGAUACUAAUUUCUUGACUAAUCUGGUUUAUAAUUCAUUAAUUCAGAUUCAUUUGGUUCACUGGAAUUCUGAUAAGUAUAAAAGUUUUGAAGAAGCAGCUUCAAAUGGAGAUGGACUAGCGGUGUUAGGGAUAUUUCUACAGGCAGGAGAUGAACACCCUGCACUGAAAAAAAUUUCUGACAAAAUGUCUGACAUUGUUUACAAAGACACCAGUGUUACUUUACCUGAAGAUUUUAAUCCUGUAGAACUUAUCCCUGAAAAACAAAGCUAUUGGACGUAUCUAGGGUCACUAACAACACCACCAUGUUAUGAGAGCGUUACCUGGAUUGUGCUAAAGAACCCCAUACAGGUAUCAGAAGAUCAGCUGGAAGCAUUCCGUAAGCUUCAGUCCUACUGCAAAGGUCAGGAAAAUCCUGGAGGAGAACUUGAAGGCUACAUUGUUGAAAAUUACCGUCCGCCUCUUCCUUUGGGAGAUCGGGAGUUGCGAACUUCAGAGUAACAUUCCAUCUUCACUAUCAUAGGAAGUUCUGCUUGGCUGUAAAAGUUUGCCUAAAAAACUUCUUUUUUUUUCAAUUAUGAUAUAUUUGUAGUUGUUGAACUGUAGUUUUAUUAUACAACAGAAAAUAUUAUUUGCUGACAUAAAAAUAUCAUCUUUGUUUCUUCAACAAUGAAUUAUUGAAACUGUAAUUAAAAUAAGUGUUUAGCUUAAUUCAGGUUAUUAAUUAUAUAAAAAGUUUACCGUUGACAGUUAAUUAAGAUAAAUGAACAAAAAUUAGAGAAAUUAUAUAAUUGUUAAAGAUGGAAGUUUUUAUUCAUACAGUGUUAGAUGUACUGUUUAUAUAUGAACUAAAAUAGUUGGCUAUUUACUUUUCUAUAGAAGGAAAACAUAGAAUCAAAAUUUUAUUCUUGUUAGUAUGAUUAACAUUGUAUUGUGUAUUUAAGUACUCUACACUAAUUACUGUAUUAGCCAACCAUGCAAUAAAAAUAGAAAAAGUGUGACAACCUGCUCUUUAA